AUGAGGUUGAGUUCACGAUCCUUCUCUGUCUUGUUCUUGCUCUUUCUAGAGACUCGGACGGGCGUCGCCUUGUCUUCGGUAGAGGUACCUCCCUUUCGCAUUGGAGCCCGACCCUCUCGACUGGCACAAAUCCAAGCUCAAGCCGUCUUGCAGGAACUGUCUAGAAAUCAUGGUGUAGAAGCAAGGAUUGUCAAGAUCCAAGCCGAUGGUGACCAUGUCAACCCCGCCAAGGCAGGAAUUCAAACGGUUCCGCUGGCAGCCCGAUCCGUGGAUUUUACGGGGGCCCUCGACGACGCCUUGUUGUCUCAUGAAAUUGAUAUAGCAGUGCACAGUCUCAAGGACAUUCCACCCACGGCAAGAUGGAACCCACAAUUGACUAUUGCAGGCCAUUUAAAGAGACAAGAUCCCAGGGAUGUAUUGGUUGGACCAUAUCCCUCCAUUCAAAGUUUACCUCAACGAGCUAAAGUUGGUACUAGCUCUGCGAGACGACAAGCGCAAUUGCGAGCCAUGCGACCGGACUUGGAGCUUCAAAAUGUUCGAGGAAACGUCGAAACAAGGCUCAGGUCCUUGAAACAACAACCAACUCAGAACAAAUAUGAUGAUGAUGACGAUCAAUCGGUGGAUGCUCUCAUCUUGGCACAGUCAGGGCUGAAUCGGUUGCUAAAGAAUGACAGCAGCAUCGAUUGGAUAAACGAACCAUCCUCCAAAGAAUCAGAGGGGAGUUGGCACCGUCCCGUAUCCACAGACGAAAUGCUUUCGGGUGCCUGUCAGGGUAUUGUGGCAGUGGUUUGUCGCGCCAAUGAUGCUGCCACCAUGGAAUGGAUCCAACCCAUCAACGACGUAGACUCCGCCAUUGCCGCCGCUGCAGAGCGCGCCUUUUUGGAUACGUUAGAUUCCUUCUCGCCCUGGGUCGGCAGACCACCUUUGGCAAGCCUUAUGGAACGAGAACGACGCGAGAAGGAACACUCUUGGGUCUUUCAAGGACUAUUGGCACGGCCGGAUGGUACAAAGGUAAUCCGAAGAGUGGAACGGUGCACAAUCACCGAGUCAACCUCCGAGGAGGUGGCCCGUGGUGUGGGGCAAUCAGUUGCAGAACAGAUACUGGAGGAAGCUGGACCUGAUUUCUACAAGUAG